AUGGAGUCCGAGGAGAAGCCGCUGCAGGAUGUGAUUGAAGCGAAGGUAGACGGUGCUGCUGAUGAGUGUGGGAAGCAGGGUGACAAUGACGAGGGUACGCGAACGGGAGAAGAUAGUCUCAAGAAGGGUAAGGUUGAAGCGGAGGGGCAAGGAGCUCGAAAGGAAAACAGGGAAGGCGAGAAGGAGCUUGGGGAAGGCGCGGGGGGGACGGACGGUUCGGAAGGGAAGGUGGUACGUGAGGAAGUUCACGUCUUGCAAAAGGAUGGGCCAGUGAAAGCCGAGGCUGAAGCGGGGAGACGAGGGGAUGAUGGUGCUGCGACUGCAAUGGAGGUGGAUGCUGAAACGAGGGUGACUGAAGCAGGAGUGGCUGAUGGAGGGUUGACUGAAGCAGAAGUGUCUAAAGUAGAAGUGACUGAAGCGGAGGGUGUAGGGAGGGAACAGGGUUUGGGGUCAGGAGGGGCAGGGGAGGGCGAGAAUAAUACGAGAGAUAAAAUUAGGGGGCAAGAAGGUGUUGGGGAAGCAGAUGGGCCGGAAGAAGUGGACGUGGGGGGAGAGGGGUGUGGGAAUGGGGAGGAGGAAGGGAAGGGUGACAAGGAGACGAGAGGAAAUGAUGAGAUGGGGGGAGAUGAAGGCAGGAAAGUGGAUGGGGACAUGAAAGGUGAGGAGAAGUUUGUGAAGAAGGGUGAGGGGAAGGAUGACGGGAAGGGUGAAGGGAAGGGUGAGGAGAAGGUCGAAGAGAAGCAGGAGCAGGGGGGAGGGAAGAUGGAGGAGGAUGAGGAGGGAGGGAGAAAGGGGGAGGAGGAGAGAGCAGGGGGGGGGAGUGAGGAGGAGCGUAUUAAGGAACAGGAGAGAUCAAACUCAGAGUUGGAAGGAGUAGAGGGAGGAAAGAAAGUGGAAGGAGAAGGAAGUAAGGUGGAAGAGCGGGAGGAUCAAGGGGAGGAGCAGCAUGUUUCACCAGAGUCGGCACAGCUAACCACUGACACGGAUUCUGUUGUAACUUCAGGCACUGGUGCUAGUGCUGCUGGUACAGAUGCCAAAGGCACAAGUGCCAGUGCUACAGGUGUUACUGCUACAGACGCUAAUGCUACAGAUCUUACUGCUACAGAAGCUGCUGCUGCUACAGACAUUAACACUGCAGACGGCUCUGCUGACCGUGGCCCUCCUGGUGCACUCCCAUUGCCAGCAGAGCAGGAGCAGCAGGGGAUGGAGGCACAGCCGCCCGUGGCAGCAGAGCAGCAGCUGAUGGACCUCCGCCUGCUGGCGCUGCAGAACGCCGUGCUGCCCGCGCAUGGGGAGGGGGAGGGCGCUGAGGAGGAGACGACUCAGAAUGCAGCACUGCCAACCGGACCAGCGGAGGAGCAGCAGGUGCUGCAGGAGCAGCGGCAUGAGGGCAUGGAGACAGAGUUCCCAUCAGCAGCAGAGCAGCAGCAGCAGCAGCAGCAGCAGCAGCAGCAGCAUGAGCAUAUGGGAGCGGAGGUCCCAGCAGCAGCAGAAGCAACAGAAGCAGCAGAGCAGCAGCAGCAGCAGCAGCACGAGGUGAUGGACAUGCGUCUGUUGGCAAUGCAGAACGUGGUGCUGGUGCAGGCAGCGAACGAGGAGGAGGAGAUCGACGUGCUAGAGGUAGACGAGGAGGAGGAGGAGCAGCUCAAGAAGCAGAUGGGCGUGGGGGAGGGCGGGCCUGUGGAAUACAUGGUGCUGGGGGAAGGGGGGGAAGGGGGGGAAGGCGCGGAAGGGGGAGCUGGGGGGGUGCUAGGGGCCGGAGGGGCAGGAGGCGAAGGUGUGUCGAUGGGGGAUGGUGCUGCGGUUCCUGGGGCUGCAGGUGUGUUGGUGCCGGAACACUUGACUGACGCUGCUACGGAUGGAAUUUCAGGUGCGGUGAUGGGAGGUGUCGCAGGUGUGGAGUCGGGUGGGGCGGCACUUCCAGUGGUUCCAGGUGGUGGUGGUGGUGAAGGUGGUGCGGAUGUAGCUGGAUCAGCAGGUGAGCAGCAGCAGCAGCAGAGGGGGGAGGAGAGGGCACUCGGAGCUCAAGCCAUUGCCUCACCUGAAGGACGGACGGCGAAGAAAGGGGCAGAUUCUGAGAGAGAGCAGCAGGCAGGAGGGGUGGGCACGCGAAAGCGGAAGCAGCAGCAGCAGGGGGAUGGGGAUGGUGUCCCCUCGCUCUGCCUGCCUGUAAGCUCGCUCUGCCUGCCUGUAAGCUCGCUCUGCCUGCCUGUAAGCUCGCUCUGCCUGCCUGUAAGCUCGCUCUGCCUGCCUGUAAGCUCGCUCUGCCUGCCUGUAAGCUCGCUCUGCCUGCCUGUAAGCUCGCUCUGCCUGCCUGUAAGCUCGCUCUGCCUGCCUGUAAGCUCGCUCUGCCUGCCUGUAAGCUCGCUCUGCCUGCCUCUCUCCAGGGCGUCACUCGCCGCACGCGCCAUCACACCACCCGCACUCCGCUUCAGAGUCUCACUCCACUCUCUCACACUUACCCCCUGUUACCCCCUCCGGCAACCCCACUUUCUGCAGCUCUCCAGGGUGUCACUCGCCGCACGCGCCAUCACACCACCCGCACUCCGCUUCAGAGUCUCACUCCACUCUCUCACACUUACCCCCUGUUACCCCCUCCGGCAACCCCACUUUCUGCAGCUCUCCAGGGUGUCACUCGCCGCACGCGCCAUCACACCACCCGCACUCCGCUUCAGAGUCUCACUCCACUCUCUCACACUUACCCCCUGUUACCCCCUCCGGCAACCCCACUUUCUGCAGCUCUCCAGGGCGUCACUCGCCGCACGCGCCAUCGCACCACGCCGCCCCCCUCGCGCCUGGCCUUCAUGGCUUUUGAGGCGCCUCAAAAGCCAUCGCACCACGCGCCCCGCCUCGCGCCUGCCCUUCAUGGCCCUGGAAGACCAAUCAGCCCUGCUCUCCCCCCCUCCCCUCCUCCUCAUUCACGCAACCCUCUGGCCCCCUCGUUCUGUCGUUUUCCUCCACUUGCUUUUCAUUUCCGUCCUGCUUUCCCCUGCUCUGCCCCCCUGUACCCCCUUCCCCCCCGUCCAACCCCUCACUAUUGGGUCUGUGCCUGAAGCACCACUGGAGCCUUCACCGCUCAACGGGCCUGCCUUGGGACCAGGCGAGGGCGCUGGAGCAGCAGAAGCAGGGGAGGGUGCGGGGGCAGGGGGAGCGGGGGGAGCUGGUGAGGUAGGGGCAGCAAGUGGAGGAGGGGAGGGUGGUGCGCCGGCCCCUGCCUCUGCGCCUGUGCUGCAGGCAUACCACCGGAGACGACAGGAGCAACCACUGAGUGAGUGUGAGGGGGUGAUUGAGGUGGGAGAACAGGGAAGCCUGUCAAUGCCGGAGCUCUCAGUGUGCCUGCCAGAGACAGCAUCUGUUGGUGCACUCAAGCAAGCAGUGGUUGAGGCAGCGCUAGCAUCCUUCGGAAACGGCCUCCGCCUGCGCAUGGUGUUACAGGGUAACCGCUGCACGCACGACCAGGCCUCGCUAGCGGACGUGGGUCUCUCCCACGCGGCGCUCCACCAGCAGCAGCAGCAGAAGCAGGCAGCCGCCGCCUCCCUCAGCUUCAUGCUCGACCCUGACCCCUUUGCUGCUUUCCCUUUACUUUCUCCUUACUUCGUGCCGCACUGCCACUUCUGUGCUGCUGCUGUCGCCCCACGUCUGUGCUGCUGCUGUCGCCCCACUUCUGUGCUGCUGCUGUCGCCCCUGGCCCAUCCUGGGGAUCCCUCUCUUGCUGCUGCUGUGGCUGCGGCGGCGGCGGCGGCUGAUGGUCCACUCGUGUCUGCUGCAUCCCCAUCUCACUCGCACCCCUCCCACAACACUCGAUCAAGCAUUGCAGCCGCUGCUGCCGCCGCCGCAGCCGCCGCAGCAGCAGCAGCCGCAGCGGCAGCAGCAACACCAGGCAGCUCCCGCAGACACUCUAACCCCGCCACUCCUCUCCACCCAUCCUACCUCUCCCCGUCACACCUUUACGCUGCCACCUCUGGCCCUCACACUCCUGCAUCUGCCCCCUCUGCUGCUACCACCACCACGCCUACGACUAGACAAGCAGCAGCGCAAGCGUUGGCGGCGAUUCGAGCGCAGACAGAGCAUGAGCCAGGGGAUGGGGCGGGCGGAGGGAGAAGCAGGAGGAGGCGGAGGAACGACGAUGAGGAUUACCAGGAAGGGGAGGAAGGAAAGGAGGAAGAGGAGGAGGAGGAAGAGGAGGAGGAUGAGGAGUAUGAAGACGAAGACGGGUAUCAUUCGCCGUUUGGGCGGUAUUCUAGUAGCGGGUAUGCUUCUAAAGGAGCGCAUUCCGGUGCUCUGAUUCUCCACCCAUCCGUCUCAGGGAGAGGCAGAGGGAGAGGCCGAGGCGGAGGCGGAGGAGGAGGGGCGUUGGCAUACCCAGGAAGAGUAGGAGGAGGGGAGAGUGGGGCACUGGUGUUGCAUCCGCAUCAGCAGCACUUGCAGAGGGGGGGUAUGGGGGUGGGGGGAGGGGCGAUGAUGGUGCAUCCGAGGUCGAGGGGAGCGGCGGGGCUACAGCUGAUAGAGCAGAGGAGGAGGAUCAGGCGGCCGUUCACUGUAGGGGAGGUGGCCUCGCUGGUGGAUGCUGUAGAAGUGCUGGGCACUGGCAGGUGGAGGGACGUGAAGCUGAGGGCAUUCGCGACAUCAAAGCACCGCACCUAUGUGGAUCUCAAGAACGUCGAGGCAGCUUAUAUCGAAGCGUCUGGUAACGGAGCGGCCGUGUGGCAGCGCCGGUGCGUGUGGGGAGACCACGAGACGUGCUGCGGGCUGUGCGGGGGAGAGGAGCUCGCGCUGCGAUACAUCCGAUCCAACGUCUCUCUCGCGAUCGGCGCGCUCGGAGCCAACGCUUCUGCUGCUGCUCGUAAUCUCAUCGACCUCUCCAACCCGCCCUCUGUGAGUGUGGUGUGGCUCUGCUCUGCGCGCUGGUUAAGGCUGUGCGAGGGCGAGGAGCUCUCGCUGAGAUACAUCCAGCAACUCCACCAGCAAUGUACCUCCACUCCCUUCUUUCCCUUCUUCCCCUCCUUUCCCUCCUUUCCCUCCUUUCCCUCCUCUCCCUCCUCUCCCUCCUCUCCCUCUUCUCCCUCAUUUCCUCCGCUCCCUCUCUCCCUCUUCCCCCUCGUUUCCUCCGCUCCCUCCUAUCUCUCUUCUUAUCCGCUCGGCCCUGGUCUGCUCGAGAUGCUACCUGGUCUUCCUCCUCUCCUCUCCCUCCUCAUACACCGAAUCUGUGUGAGUGGUGGUUUGCCUUUCUUCCAAUACUGCUUGCCUCUCCUCCCUCUCCUGCCUUCUCCUCCCUCUCCUACCUCCCCAUCUCCCGCCUCUCCUCUGCUUCCCACGAUCAAAUGGAUGUUUGAUGUUUGCCGCUCGCUGAGAAUUAUGUCACAAGUCCAUUCUCUCCCCUCCACUCUCUCCCCUCCACUCUCUCCCCUCCAUUCUCUCCCCUCCAUUCUCUCCCCUCCAUUCUCUCCCCUCCAUUCUCUCCGCUCCCUCUGCCCCCCCUCUCACAGUGCCUUCCCCGCCCACCAAUAUACGCCUUCCCUCACCCCACCACCAUCUGCUGCGAUCCUUUCAACCUGCACCCCUCCCAAUGCCCCCCAAGCUCUCUUCCCAACCCCCACACCCAUCGUCACCACUCUCACCCCCACCACCAACCUACCUCAACCGCUCUACCUCCAACACUUCUGGUCUUGA